AUCAACCAGUUAGCAACCUGCCUGCCCGCAUGUAGCCUAACCUGCUGCUUUCUUCUUGUUUUGUUAGUAGUAAUGGGUUUAAUCAAAGCCAGCCUUAGACUGUUAUCGCUCUGUGCAGUCAGCGUCCUGCUGGUGCUCCUGCUGCGGCAUUGGAUGGCCAGUAAGCAGUACGUUUUUAGCAAAGAAGAUGUCGCUAAGUUGGCCAAGCAGUACGCAGGGCAGGACCAUGAACAGGCUUUCUCUAAAGUGGUGGUGGAGCUCAGGAAGAGGUAUCCGGGUCACAUCCUGCCAGAUGAGGACUUGCAGUGGGUGUUUGUGAAUGCUGGAGGCUGGAUGGGCUCCAUGUGUCUCCUCCAUGCCUCCCUCACAGAGUACGUGUUGCUGUUUGGUACUGCGGUGGACACUGGAGGACACUCGGGUCGAUACUGGGCAGAGAUCUCUGACACCAUCAUCUCAGGUACCUUUAGGCAGUGGAAGGAGGGAACCACCAAGAGUGAAAUAUACUAUCCAGGUGAAACAAUCGUUCAUGAAGUGGGCGAAGCCACGUCGGUCCAGUGGAGCUCCGGGACGUGGAUGGUGGAGUACGGUAGAGGCUUCAUCCCCUCCACCCUUGGCUUUGCUCUGGCAGACACCCUGUUCAGCACCCAGGACUUUGUCACAAUGUUCUACACGGUACGCGUCUACGUAAAGGCGCUGAUGCUGGAGGCCGGCACACUGCUUACAGAGGCUGGCGUCUUCUGAGGGACGAAGAUGGACGCACACUUGGAAAUCGA